AUGUCUUCGUUCAAAAACCACUUCUUAUUGAUGGAAUCUGUAGUUGUCCUAUCCAGUGAAGCUUGUGAUGCAGACCCACAUAGACCAUAUAAUUCACACUUUGAGGGCUUUAUUCCACUCAGAACCAAGCCAAAGCCUGUCUGUAUGACAGGUCGAAAGGGACUUGUUUACAACAUGCCCUGCCUGAGCGGAUGGAAUGCCAGUGGAUCCGCAUCAAAUAAUGGCGAUAACGAGGAACGACCUAAUACCGAGACUGACAUGUUCGCUCGUGCUUGGCCAAGUCCACCAAAAUACACUCAACAGGUCGGACAACUAAAUCAGGCAAUCUAUUUGUUUCUGGAUAUGUCUACCGAAGGACACUUCGAUCAGCUGCAUCCAAGCCAUCUGAUUGCAACAAUCCUGAUGCAGGGGAGAGCGCGUAUGGAAAUUCUCCUUUCUACUCAGCGCCGAGUACUAUACAAUGUGGUCAAUGAUUCCGUAUUUGGCAAGAUUGUUAGGGAUUUCACCCUUUCGAUGCGAGUCCAUGGUGCAUGCGUAAACACCAAGGAAGAGCUGGUGGCCAUUCGGGGUGACAGUCUGCCCAGCAGUGUUGACGGUCGCGGCUUACAAGAAUCGGUCGCUUCGCCUUUUUCUAAUCGAUGGAUUGCAUUUCCAGAACGGAUGUUUCCUCGGAUAAUAAUCGGUGGUAUCCAGCUCCGAUGCAACUUGAUCAGGAUGAGAGUUGGAAGCCCUCGAAAUAGUCAUUAUGGCCAGUUGAUCUUAUGUCGUGGAAACUGUGGCCAACCGGAGAGUUUGGUGCGUAUUUUGCAGUCCUGCUGGAUCACACAUGACGCUAGAUUUGCUCGUCAUAAUUGGGUUGCAAGGAAACUCGUAAAACGUUUCCGUCGACUGGGGUACACCGUCUUCGAGGAGACGAGGGCAGAUACUUCAACGUCCUUAAUCAAACCUGACCUAAUCGCUGCUCGGGAGCGCCGAGCAACUGCAACAGACGUCAACAUAACCUCCUACGGCCGUGGAGUAAUUGUAUACCCACAAAGAAAGAAGAUGCAGCGUCUUGGGGCUCUGGUGACAAUCGCCUGCAUCUGGAUCAUGGCUCUCUUUUUGGCCUGCCCAAUGAUUGCAUUCACGUCUGUCAGUCACGGCAUUAUACGUUCCGAUGCAAGCGUAUGCUCGGCAAGCACUCUGGAUAGUCACGGAUUGCGCAAGGCCAAACUUGUUUACGGAGGUGUUACUCUUGUCGUACAGUACUUGUUUCCAGUUACGGUUGUGGGUUUCGCCUACACAAGAAUUUACUUAAAGAUUCGGACACGCCAAAAGAACCAAACACAAAAUCAGCUGAUAUCUAGUCGUCUGAACAGGCCACAAUCUAGAUGGACGGGGAGGAAUCAGCUGUCUUCAGGAUUCGAGGACAUUCGCCUUUCGAAUUUUAUUUCGGAGCAUGAAAUGUUUACUACCAUUGGUCCGGAAACGGUCCAAUCAAACGGUCGACCUCCAAGGCGUUUUGCUGGCCCCUUCCGGGAUCCAAAUCGUCUGUUGAACACUGACCAGUCAGACCGCGACCGCCUGGUUCAUCGACGUCAGAUCAAGACAAACGCCCUAUUGCUGGCAAUCACACUCACAUUCAUUCUGUCCUGGACACCUCUACACGUAUUUAACUUAACAAUGGAUAUGGUCGAAACCCAAAGAAUUGACAUUUUAAGCUUAGUCUCGCUGGCGAACCAGGAAACCUCAAAUCACACUUACCCAAAUUUUAACCAUUCAAAACCAAACGGUAUGAGCCAUUCCGGAACAUAUCUGAUCGGCAGAAAUGUCACCAUUAUUCAUGCCAUAUGUCUCCUUUGUGUUCACUUGGCCGCAUGUAUUAAUCCGAUUUUGUAUGGCUGGCUAAACGAGAAUUUCUGUCAAAUUUUUCGGCAAACUUCAAGGAAUUACUUGGCCUGGUGCCGUUUAAGAUAA